AUGGAUUCAUCCCCUUGUCCGGAGUCAGCCAGUCCUAUCAACCUACCUGGGCCUUCCGUCGGCCCUUGUCCUUCUUUGUACCCCGAUGAGCCCUCGGAACAGAUCGAUCUCGAGUCCUUGCAUCAUAUGCAACGAAAUCAUACCUCGACGCGUAGUCUGCAGGUCGUAAUAAGAUCCAGCCUCUCUAUCGACGAAAGGCUCGCGCUAGGGAAUGCCGCUGGAGAAUUUCCAGAGGCGAGGCACGCCGACCUGGGGGCGGCCGAACAACCCCCGUGGAAGCGCGAUGGAGCGAGCUGCGCGCGCCACCACCGACCCCCGACGGAGAAGGACUUAGCGUUUCUCGCGAGCCGCAGACCCGAGUCAGUUUCGGUUCCUCCUCCGUCAAGGACUCGAACGCGGAAGAGGAGAGAGCUUUUUCCCCCCGUCGUACGUCGUCGUAGUCAUCGUCGUCUUCGUCGUCGUUGUCGUUACCGUCGUCGUCCUUCGAAGAGGAAGAACAGUGUCUUGGCCGAUACCGUGCACGAAGGUCGCGAGCAGCCGGACCGAAGUGCAACGUAUUACGCGUAUACUACCGACUAUCACCAGCCGCCGCAUCUACCCGUCUAUCAUUCGCACUUGAAUCUCUCCACUUCGAGCGGGAGACGCGUUGCAGCGAGAGAUUCCCGCGCAGGAGAGGAAGACUGGACAAAGCGGAAGAAGCAGAAUAAGACGAGCAAAGCAGAAGCAGAGGAGCAGAAGAGCGUAAGACCGAGAGCCGAACGAGUAGAAGCGGGGUUGCAAAGAAGAAAGUGAUUAGCGAGUUGAUCGUGCGUAUCCGAAGAUAGCGAGGAAGGAGAUAGAGGACAGAAAGAUCGAAUAGAAAGGGCGCAAUAGAGCUACGGAAGCGCAGAGAGACAAAGAUCGAAAGAAAUAGAGCGAAAGAGAAAGAAAGAGAGAGAGAAAGAGAAAAAGCAAGAAUCGGAAAAAAAGCUCGACAGAAAACCCCGCGCUCAUACAUAUAUAUUUCAGUGUGUUCAAAAAACGAGUGUACCUAAGUGCAAUAUUAAUUAAACCUAAACGAUAAUAAGAAGCAACCACAACUACCAUCGACGAUAUCGGUAACGACAAGCGGUGAUCGAUAAUCGAAUAGAAUUCCUUUUAAAGAGUUAAAACGCUAGAGUCGCAUUUCGAGGAGGAGUCAUCGACGGACGCGACACGGCAGCUUAAAAGAAGAAGACGAUCGGAGGAAGUAGGCAGAAGCAGAAACGGAGUGACGGAAAUCUCGGAGAGAAACGCUCUCGUCCCGCUUAAAAGAAUUCACACGGACUCACCGAUUCAAGCCGACGCGCGCGACAGCAGACACCAACUUUUCGAGCCUGUUCGAGCGCGUUCGAGCACACGCACACACACGCACGCACACACACACACACGCACGCACAUCCAACAUAACGGGGCUAAAAUACUCAGGGCAAAACGGGACGAGCAGUAAUCAUCCGCGAGUGUGAUUUCUCACCCCGAAGAGGAGUGGAAGCCUUUCCGACCGAUAAACGAUUCGCGUCCGCGUGGACUAUCCUUCUCGUUUACACCGUCCGGGCUGGGCAAUCCUGAAUUUUAACCUGAACUUAAGUGUACGCUAGAAUUUAAGUUAGAUAGACGAAGGAAAAUAGACCGUUCUCCUAUUUGCUGGAGAACGUUCGCUCGCGCGCGCAACAACUCACGCAAAGCACACAAUAUAAAGCUCACCAACACAUACAUUUAUUACACAUACACACAGUCAUAUGACGCACAAAGGAGGGGGAGAAAAAUAACAAGAAAGAAGAGGACCAUCAACUAAACUGCGAAACGCGAACGAACGCAUACGUACGCGAUAUAACAGCCACCUGCGUACAUAAGAAGACAUUACGAUAAAGGACGCAUUACGGACGUACAAUCACCGAUCGGCGGUGUUCUCGCGAGAGGCAUCGCAACCAACAGCGACAGCAACGACUUAGGGAAGGCGCGAUAGAGAAGAAAAGAUCUGGGAGAGGACCCGGAAGAAGGAGUGGAGGAAUCAUAAGAGGAAGUUUCAUGAGCCAGGCGGUAGGUAGCAGGGCUGGGAAGUCGCAGCAGGUGGCGAGUAACUGACGUUGCCCGCCGCCCACGUCGAAGCUCGGCACGGCGCAAGGAUCGUUAUCGUUACGACGAUCCCGAGGCUGAAA